AUGAAAUUCUCCAUCCUCGCCGUCCUCGCCCUCCUGAACGUGGCCAUCGCCACUCCCGUCCUGAACGCCAACGCUCCUCGGGAUACGACCCCUGCCACCCUUGCCGCCGGGGCGACUUGCAACAAGGAUGGGAGUAUGGGGAACUGCCAGAGUGGGUUUUGUCUGCAAGACGUGAAUGCGGCGACUGGGGUUUGUCAGUGA